UUACAGCAUUUGAAAAACAAGCAAAUCAAAACAAAUCUGGUUAUUUUAUGGGUUCAAGUUUAUCAUUAUUUGAUAUUCAGCUUUAUAACUUAAUACAUUUUUUUGAUGAUCAAGAAAGUGUUCAAAAGGCAUUAGCAGAUUGUCCAAAUUUAAAAGCAAUUCAUGAUAAAGUUGAACAAACACCAGCAAUUAAGAAGUGGCUUGCUGAACGACCUGAAACAAUGUUUUAA